AUGAGAACCCUUCUUUUAUUGCUCGGCGUUACAGUGGCCUUGAUGUCAGCAAAACAACUCACUGUGCUGUGUCCUGGCGGAAUUUGGGUAUGCCCAUCUGGAAACACUUGUUGUCCAGAGAACAAUGGACAAUAUGGCUGUUGCCCGAUGACGAACGCUGUUUGCUGCUCGGAUCAGCAACACUGUUGUCCAUCCGGUUAUCGAUGUGAUGCCACUGGAUUGAAAUGCAAUCGCCAAAAUGAGGUGGCAACGAUUCCGUCGAUGCAAAAACUCGCUGCUAUUUCGAUGGUU